AAUGAAAAUGCCCUUGUGAAAAUAAAGGAGUUAGGAGUCGAGCUUGCAAAGAUCAGGGAUGAAGUUGCCCUCAACACAGCAAGAUGGAAGAAACUACAGAGUGAGAAGGAGGAGCUGGAGAGGUGCUUUGAGGAGGAGGUGAAGCAGCUUAACAAGCAGCAGCAGGAGGAGCUGCAGACACUGGAGCAGCAGCUGCAGGAGGAGUACAACACCAAGAGGGAGAGCUUGCAGGAGCAGCACAAGCUGCAGCUUGAGCAAGUCAAAUUGCAGCAUCAGGACCAGGUGGAAGAUAUCACAGCUGUACACGAAGCUGCAAUGUUACAGUUGGAAAAUAACCACAUAGUCGCCAUGACAGUACUGCAGGAUGAGAAUGACUGCAAGAUUCAAGAACUGAAUACUGCUCACAAACUGGAAAAGUCACAAUUAGAAGAGACUUUUGAAACACUGCGUCUGUCACUCCAGGACCAGAUAGACACUCUCACCUUCCAGAAUCAGUCUCUUAAGGCCAAAGCAGACCGAUUUGAAGAGGCUCUGAAGAAAAACACUGAGGAACAACUGAAGAUUGUACGAGCUCCAUAUCUGCACUUAGAAAAAGAUCUGAAGAGCUUAAAACAUGUUCUAGAAAUGAAGAACCAUCAGAUUCACCAACAGGAGAAGAUGAUUAUGGAGCUAGAAAAACAGGCUGAAAAAAAUUUAAAACUGGAAGAAAAAAUCACCAUGCUACAACAGCAGAAUGAAGAACUCAGAGCCAGGAUUGAGCAAAAUACUGUCAUAACGAGGCAAUUGUCAGAGGAGAACGCUAAUCUUCAAGAGUACGUUGAGAAAGAAGUAGAGGAGAAGAAGAAGCUGAGCAGGACUAAUGAAGAGCUCCUCUGGAAGCUGCAGGAAGGGGAUGCCGUGAGCCCUGUAAAACUCCCACCUGCAUCAUCCACUUCUUUUUAUCGCUGCUCAUCAGGGAACUCGUCUCCAGCAAAAGUCAGAACCUCGCGGCGAUGAUUUGGCACCUGCACGCCGAAGGUCCCCUGCCUUUUAUGCAUUUCCAGUCCGCUAAUCGUUACCAUCCAAGGAAGUAUCACCAUCAAUAGGCGCCCGGGGUUCGUGGCUGCAAGCAUGCUCGGUAGCUGCAUAGCUUUACACUAGGCAGGGUACUCUUAUAGUCCCCGUAUAGGAGCUCUUGGUUCUGACAUAUGGAUUAGGGUAGCAAAAAAGAUAGCAAAAAGCUAGGACAGCAGAAAGCUAGGAUAGCAAAAUGUUUAGUUUGGUGUGUUAAGAUUUUAACUAUGGUUAGAGCCAAAAUUUGGAAAAUACUAUAUUUCUGGUUCAUCAGAAUGAACUUCUGCUGCAGUAUUUCAGGUUAGUUACAAAAACAGUUCAAGUUGUGAAUAUUUCUGUAUAUGUGUCUGUGUUUAUAUACAUGUACGUAUUGUACCUUUAUACCUAUAUAUAGACACACACACAUAUAUAUGUCAUUGAAGAUGUUCUGAAUUGCAUUUUUUAUAUUAUUGGAUACUACUAAGUGCUGAUAUAUUUUCAUUACAGUCAGCAGUUUUCUAACUCGUGCCUAAGACUUGUAUCUAAACGAAAUGCAUUUCUGUUUAGCCUCCCAGGAAUAUUUAUACCCAACCUAAAAGAAAGUUACACAGAAGUAGAAGCGCCUUCCAAAUGACCACCAAGUGGUACUCUAUGUGACAUGAACACCAGCGACUUUCAAAUUCUGAGACAGUACUGCCUUUGAAACCAUCACCUUUGCAUUGAACACCAGACAAGAUACGCGUACCAUUCACUGCUUUUUAACUCUUAGCAUUGGUAUUGUAAGUGGAGAUAGGCUAGAGAUGAGAAACCUGAGGGUUUUAGCAAAUUUGAUAGAGGUUACUGGUUAACGUGUUUCGAUUUUAGUGUCUUCAAAUUCUAGUUAGAUCUUGUCUUGUUUUACCUUGUCCUGGUUUGGAUACAAUCAAAAUCUCUGGUUGUAAGUUCCUGUCCAUUUUGAUGUAUUUCAAGUCCCGUAAGCAAGAAGGAGAAAAUAAGUUGUUCAUCCUUGACCUUUGCUGGCCAAGAGGUUUCCAGUAUUAGGAUGAGAUACCGGGUGCCUGCUAGGGAUCUAGCUGCCUCCCAUCUGAAACACUAAAUAGAG